GUCCGUGCACUUGAACUUGCAACAGCACGGAGGGGGGGGCGGCGAGGGGAGGGGGUGGCGUGGGGAGGGGGGAGGGGGGGCUUUUGCCAUUUUUUCCAUCUCUCCCCUCUCUCCAUCCACCUCUCUCUCUCUCUUUCUCACACACACACACUCUCUCUGUUUUCCUCUCCGCUGCUCUCCUUUCUCAAAAAAGCCAUGACGGCGAUCCCGCGAUCCAUCUUCGCCUCCGCGCCAUCUUCCUAAUAUUUAUCUUUUUUAUAAGUGCCAUUUCUUCAUUCGUCGCUCGGCACCGUUUGAUGGUGUUGCGCGGGGGCGGAGUGGAUGACCGGAGGCUGUUGGAUGAAGAUAUCCCAGUGCCCCGGUGGAGUCUCCUCUCUAACCCCGAUGUGAUCCAGCGCUGACCGCCGCCGCCGCCGCCGUCGCCAGCCACCAUGUCUCGCCGCAAGCAAGGCAAACCCCAGCACUUAAGCAAGCGGGACUUUUCGCCUGAGCCCCUCUCCGCCGCCGUCGUCUCUUCAGAGGAGCUAUCGGAGCGUUGUUCGGAGAACUCGGAGGAGAGCGGCAGUCUGAACGGGCACCACCCGGGGUCUGCCGUCAGGCGGCUGUCCCGCCUGGGUCACGACUCCCACCCCUCUCUGGAGCAGGACCUGCUGACCUGCGGCCAGUGCCAGGCCACCUUCCCCUUGGCGGACAUUCUGCUCUUCAUCGAGCACAAGAGGAAGCGAUGCAACGGGCCGCCCUGUUUGGCGGUCGGCCGGGGGCUGGACAAACCCCCCUCGCCGUCCCCGGGCUUGGCCCUCACCCCCUCACCUGCCCUGAACUCCCUACGCAGCCGGAGGCCCGUGGAAGUGGGCAUCCAAGCCACGCUGGCGGAGGACGACGACGACCGCUUCUCGCUGCCGCGGGGGAUUUGCCCCAAACAGGAGCCCCUCCCAGGACAGAUGUGUUUCAACAUGCUCUGGACUACAGCUUCUGGUAAGGAGGAGCCCACCACGUACACCUGCACUACCUGCAAGCAGUCCUACGGCAGCGCCUGGUUCCUGCUGCAGCACGCCCAGAACAACCACGGGUUUCGCAUCUACUUGGAGAGUGAACAUGGCAGCCCUCUCACGCCGAGAAUGGGUGGCCCUUCUACCCUGGGUGGCGGUGCUGACUGCCCCUCUCAGCCUCCUCUCCAUGGCCUCCAUCUGCCACCCGACGCCAGCCCCUUCAACCUUCUCCGCAUUCCUGGCUCAGGAUCAGGCGGCAGGGAUAGCGUGGGAGCCGGGAUCGUGCACGGCCCUGGUGGAGCUCCUGGUGCGGCGAAUCAUCAACGCUUUCCUCCUACGCCUCCUCUCUUCAGUCCCCCUCCAAGGAACCACCUGGACCCACAUCAUCUGAGUCCAGAGGAGCUGGCGCUUGCAGCCCACCACCCGAGUGCCUUUGACAGAGUGCUGCGCCUCAAUCCUCCCCUGCCCCUGGACCCUCCUCCAACAAUGGACUUCUCACGGCGGCUACGAGAACUGGCGGGCAACACCUCAGGGUCCACUCCUCCACUGUCCCCAAGCAGGCCGAGCCCAAUGCAGCGCCUGCUCCAGCCAUUCCAGAGCGGAGGGAGUGGAGGCUCAGGAGGAGGCGGCAAACCUCCGUACCUGGCCACGCCGCCGCCACUUCCAGGCUCCAUGCAGUCACCUGUUGGCUCUCAGACCACUCCAACCACUCCUCUCCCCACAGCAGGGGCCACACCCGCCUCCGCAGCCAUGAAAUCAAAGUGUUGCGAGUUCUGCGGCAAAGCCUUCAAGUUCCAGAGUAAUUUAAUAGUUCACCGGCGCAGCCACACUGGAGAGAAGCCGUACAAGUGUCAUCUCUGCGAUCACGCCUGCACACAAGCUAGCAAGCUCAAGCGCCACAUGAAGACACACAUGCACAAGUCCUCGUCGCCAAACACAGGAAAGUCAGAAGACGGCCUUUCCACCGCUUCCUCACCUGAGCCCGGAACCAGUGACCACCUGAGCAGCGCCAGCAAUGCCCUCAAGUCGGUGGUGGCCAAGCUAAAAAAUGAAAACAACAGGAUGCUGCGGGAGAAUGGAGAAGAAGAGGAGGAAGAGGAGGAGGAAGAAGAGGAGGAGGAGGAGGAAGAGGAAGAGGAGGAGGAAGAGGAAGCGGAGGAGGAAGUCGAGCAGAACGGCGAGAGGCCACCGAGGAGAAACAACAACAGCUACCACUUUGGCUUGAACCUUGAAACGCCACGUCAGCAUGAAAACAACGGAGGUAUCGGGAGCCGACUGGGAGGCGUGGCGGAUGAGGGCUCCAUUCCGCGAUCGCUUCCCGAGGUGAUGCAGGGAAUGGGACUGGCAGCCAGCAUGCAGCACUUCAGCGAAGCCCUUAAUGCGCACAAACGAAAUGCCAUGGCCCAGGAGAACCACUUGCACCAUCAUCUCAACCGGGACCAUCACCACAAUCGUGACAUGUGCGACGGGGACUCGGUUUUGGAUACAGAGCGUGGGGAGGAGGGCCACGUCUCGACAGUCAACGGGCGAGGAGCCUCCCCAAAUGAGUCUGCGUCAGUGGGCCUGUCUAAGAAACUGCUUUUGGGUAGCCCAAGUCCACUCAGCCCUUUUUCCAAACGAAUCAAGCUGGAGAAAGAAUUUGACUUGCCCACUCCCACCAUCCCAAACACAGAGAACGUGUACUCCCAGUGGCUGGCUGGCUACGCAGCCUCCCGACAACUCAAGGACCCUUUUCUGAACUUUGGGGAUUCAAGACAAUCGCCCUUCGCCUCUUCGUCGGAACACUCUUCAGAGAAUGGCAGCCUGCGCUUCUCGACUCCUCCUGGGGAACUGGACGGCGGCAUGUCAGGUCGCAGCGGCACCGGCAGCGGAGGCAGUACGCCGCACCUCGGGGGUCCUGGACGGCCCAGCUCCAAGGACGGUCGACGGAGUGAUACUUGCGAGUAUUGUGGCAAGGUGUUCAAGAACUGUAGUAACCUUACAGUUCACCGGCGCAGCCACACGGGGGAAAGACCGUACAAGUGUGAGCUCUGCAAUUACGCCUGCGCUCAGAGCUCCAAACUCACUCGCCACAUGAAGACCCACGGUCAGGUGGGCAAAGACGUGUACAAAUGUGAAAUUUGUCAGAUGCCCUUCAGUGUCUACAGCACCUUGGAGAAACAUAUGAAAAAAUGGCACAGUGACCGUCCUUUGAGUACCGAAAUAAAAUCAGAAUAAAGGCCGAACUCUGGGACCUUCCCCCCCCCUCCGCCCCCCACGCAGCUGUCUGCCAUUUGUCCCUGUUUACUUCCCACGCCUCUUGUAGAUUUGCCCGACCCAGACACUCCACUUUCACCCGUCCGGUGGAAGCGUAAGACCAUGUGCUCUGCACCAGCACACCCCGUUUCCAUUAUCCAUUGAAUGCAUGAUCUGUAUCGGGGCAAUACUCUUGCAUUGACGCAAAACUUCGAGCCUUUCUCUUGUGCAAUAAUUUACAUGUUGUGUACUGUUUUCUUUUUUUUAAUGAGUUUCCCUUUUCCAUUUUUAAGAAUUAGUCAGCAUGCAUAGUAUGUUUUUGCUAAUCAAGAAAAAAAAAGAAAAGAACUUGUCCAUGGUUGGUUGGUCGUUCGAGUAAAUGUGUUGCUGUUUUCUCUUGUUGGGUUUUUUUUUUUCCUUUUUAUUCUUCAAAAAGAGAAAUGACAAGAAAGCUACAUCCAUGCUGCGUACAUUCUGUAACACAUAUCAUGUACAGUUUUGUGUUGUCACAUGGUUUUGAUUCUCACGAUACAACCCUGGAAAUGCACUUAUUCCGAUCUUUCUAAAAGACGACAUGUUCACAGGGUUUAAAAUCGGUCUCGCGUUAAAGAUAGGUAACAGCCUUCAAAUUUACAAGGGGUGCGCAAAAGCCUGAAUUUGUACUAUCAUUUGCUAGAGAGAGAACGAGUGCCUUUGAUAUCUCGAGACGACAUUGGCCAUAACCUUAUCUGGUAUAAGUUUGGGGUCACGCUAGAUGAAGCUAAAAGGUGGGAGCCACCCGAGAAAGGUCCUUGCAUCAAGCACCUGACUGCCCCGAGGGACUGUGACUAACUAAAGACGUUCUACUGAAUCACAGUUGAGCUACCUAUGACUUGUGGAUGGGCUGUAUCGUUCCUGUGUGACUCGAUGGCAAGCAUGGUACAACCAGUAUUGUGUAUAUCUGAAUAUGUGUCGUCUUCUUUCUGGUACGCAGGAGAUCAAACUGUAAUGUACAAUCCUGAACUUGAGGGAUACAGCACAUGGCUGACAAGUGUCAUGUAUCUGCAUUAGCACAAACCUUCGACGCUGCUUCUUUACGUCAGUGUGUGGAACAAUGCAUCAAUUAGAGCACGUGUGCCGGCAGUGGCGCACUUUAUCCGGGAGAAAUGGAACACAAGCGAGGCAGACGCAUAGCGGGUGAGAACUGGAUUAUACAGGGAUCAGGGGCAAUCUCUUCUGAUUUACAGCUCUUCUUCUAUCAAAACAGGGUUGUAUCUUUCCAUUGAAGCAAAAAUACGAAAAGUACCGCAAAAGCAAAAAUCCAUCCGUACUCUUGAGAAGAGUGACAUGUGAUGUUGUUAUGCUAGAUGCUAAUGCAGAGCACAUUCUUCCGCUGUUGCUUUCUAACCCAGAUUCUCCUUUCCUUCUUCUUCUGUUUUUUUUUUUUUUUUUUCACGCGUUUUGGAAUUGCGCACCAGUCUUGUUUGCAUUGUUCGACACUGACAGCUACGGCGGGCUUUUAUAGGACGUGAAGUGCACUGUUUCAAUUUUCCCACUGACGGAGAAAAAGGUGAUUUGAAAAGAGAUAUAAAGCCACGCCCACAUUAGCAGGCUGUUUUUAUCGUCACGAAUGGUUCGACAGUUACGCCCCAUUGUCCAGACCGGAGUUUGCUAGAAAGGCUUGAGGAAAGUGCUACCUAUGAUGAGUAGACGUUAGGACGUACUCUCUCGUGACACCGCCGUGCAAACGUUCAAUUGGGACUAUUGGAGGAGGCGUUUUGUCAAGGGAGGAGGGGCUCAAGUUAUUGGGUCAGCCAAUAACUAUUGGUGUGAGUUCUGUGUCGAACACACCUUUCGGUCACUGAAACUUCAGCCUUUUGAAACAUGCUCUCAAAGUAUUAGUAACAAAAGUAAUAAGUAAAAAUAAAAACAUGUUUUUCAAAGUUGAGACAACGGCAGAAAAUGAAUGUUCUGCUCAUUGGAACAUUUUUAUUUUACGUUUUUUCCAGUCUCAUAUGAAGAUCUAGUAGGUGGCUUGAAACAGCCCCGUUGUCAAGGAGGCUUUUUUUAAUAUCAGCAAAGAGAAGAGGAAGAGAUGAACUGUCAUGUUGGAGUCCCUGCAUGGUCAGUUUCUCACGGUUGUCCUCGGUCUUACCCCAGACUUUGCCCUGAUCUCAGCGAGACAGGGUCACGAGUGAAUUCUUUACUACGUAUGUCAUGUUCACCGAAAACAGGACCAAGCUUAUUUCCCAAGUCAAGCGCUGAGAAAGUACAAAACAUGCUAGCGCUAAUGUGGGCGUGGCUUCUGCACGUGACUCAAACCUCAUUUGCUCUCCAAAAAAGUUGGCUGCAAAUUCACGGGUUCAGCAAAGUCUGUCCGUUCUAACGUCAGUCAAACACUCCUCGCUAAUAUCGGCUAAAUCGGCUGAUUCGGUGACAGACUUGCGACGGACUUUGCUGACGCGCUGUGUUUUGCGUUUCCUUCAAGAGGUCAUGAUAUUCUCUGGAACACAUUUUGUUGUCCUUUCUCUUUUCCUCAGCGUCUUGGUGUUGUUCAAGACUUGGAUCACACUAUAUAUGAAAUGAAAAAAAAGAAAAAGCCAACAAAAAAAAUAACCUGUGAUGGUUUUGUAUUCUUUUUUUUUUGCCUCGGCUCUUCACAGCUCUUCAGGUUGAACACAAUUUGCAUUGGGGAAAGGAUUCAGAUGAUAUAUGAAUAUAUAAUAAAGAAGUUAAAAUAUAGGAAAUGCACACUCCUGUUGGUUCCUAUGCUUAAACACAUUUAUGGUCUACUUUUUCUGUAUUUCUAGAAUUGUAUUUGAAUUCAAUGUUCACUUAGAGUAGGCACUAUAGUAUUUAUAUUGAGGCUUGUAUUUUUAACUGUUGCUUGUUCUCUCUGAAAGGUAUUUACCGUACCUUUUUUUGGUAGUGGAAAAAAAUCCCAAGCUGCCACGGUAUAUUUUUUUAAUUUGGCAGGAUAAUAUAGUGCGAAUUAUUUGUAUGUUUAAAGAGAUAAAAAGGAAAACCCGAUAAAAAAAAGCAGCUAAAGUAUGUGGCAUUGGGAGGCGUGGCUGGUCAUCUGAUGGCUGCUGCUGAGUUUCCUGUCCACACUGGUGGUUGUACAUAUCUUCUUUGGGUUCAGUUCUUUUCAGUUCGGACCCCCUGCCCUCCGCUCCUCCCCCCACCCCCUCCGCCCUGCUGCCAUCCUUGUAUGCAGUAACGCAAGCUGACGUUUUCCUGUUCUGUUCUGUGCUUCUGUCUCUCGCCCCUCCCACCUGACCACAUUCCAACAUCACACCGAGUGGGGGAAAAAAGAAAGAAAACCAUAUGCAGUACAUGGAUUUUAAAAGAAAAAAAAAGUCAAAAUAAAUAUGUUUUAAAAAGAAACAUUUUGCAGUUUUUUCAUUGCCAAAUACUAAAUGGUGCUUUAUAUCGAGAUUGGGUACUUUCAUAUGCAAAGCAUAUUAAAACCGCCCCGGGGGGUCGUGGGGAAGCCUGCUUGAGUUGAGACUUUUUUGUAAAUGGCAAUGCGGAAUAUUUUGUUAUCAGCCUUUUCUAUUCCUGUUCUGAGAGCUGUUUGUUGUAACUUGAACUUGAACUUUAUCUUUCACUAUGGGAGUUACUAUUUAUUACCACCCGCGCGCUCCGUUGAGAACGGAGGCCCGGGAUCUUGAGUUUUAUUUGAUUUUAUAUUUUUGCUUUUAAUAUGAUUUUGUUUUGUUUUGUUUCUUUCUUUUGUAACUGACGGUCAUCGGACAGUCUUUUUUUUUUUUUUUUUCUGUUGAACUGGUUUGGGGUACUUGUUCAGUUGUGUGGGGAAAACCACUGUCUGUGUUUUCUGGCAGAUGUCUGCAUAAACCUGUUCACACACCCAUUUGUCCCUUUAUCCAAAAACAAUAAAAAGAAAAAAAUAAACAAUGCAC